AUGGAGGCUUUAGCGAUGGCAGGAACCGAUUAUCAAGAAUGGGGACUUAGUGUUGAGGAAUGGGAGUUUCAAGAAUCAGUAGUUCCGCCCCAUUUGCUUGCAGACGAUUCUGAAAAGGACGAAGAAGAAGAUUAUCAAAAUGAGGAUGAUAGAGUUUUCGAUGGCGUAGAGGUUAAACAAUCUCUUACUUGUGACAUUCGAGCUUCGGUUGGGAAAUUGAUUGAAGAAUCGAUGUCACAUAUCAUUGUUCACCUCAAGCUGCUUAAGUUCUUGAGACAUCUUCUUGAGAACUUUUUAUUUAGACAUGUUCUUGAUUUUAUUUUGUAA